GCUGCCUUUUCUCUAUGAAUCAAUUACAGGUGUUCCUCAUAAUUCUUUGUUUCUUCUUCUUCUUCUUCUUCCUCAAUGUCAAUGCCCAAAACACAUCAAAUUCUCCAUCGGGUGUCCUCAAUCCACUCCAUCCAAGCCUCGUAGCUGUGGUUAGCAUCAUCUCAAUUAUGCUCUCUGUAACUUUCCUCAUACUUGCCUAUGCAAAAUUCUGUCGCAGAAACACAACUGGUGUUCAUCUCUUAGUCCAUGACACAUAUCACCAAAAUUUCCUUCCCCUCAGUCGUUCAAGGUCUAGAUUUUCUGGCAUUGAUAGAGCGGUGAUUGAUUCGCUCCCCUUCUUCAGGUUCUCUUCUCUCAAGGGCUCAAAACAAGGCCUAGAGUGUGCAGUUUGCUUAUCAAUAUUCGAAGAUACCGAGAUUCUUCGAUUGUUGCCCAAGUGUAAGCAUGCAUUUCACAAGAACUGCAUUGACCGGUGGCUAGAAAGUCACUCUAGCUGUCCUCUCUGUAGGUACAAGUUCGACCCAAAGGAUCUCAAGAGCCUUAGCAUUUCCAAUAGUUUGAGAUACUUACAAAACUCUUCCAAUCUCACUGAGGAUCCUAAUCUUUCACUCUUUGUCCAGAGAGAGCAAGAUUAUCAUGGGUCGUCAAGAUUUAACCUUGGAAGCAAUGACAAAGGCAACAAACAAGAAUUAUUGCUUGUUCGAGAAGGUAAUAACAAUAAUGACAACCAGAAACUCUUGCAUAAAUUCAAGCACAAGAUCAUUAUCUCCGACGUUAUUAUCAAGAACCGAUGGAGUGAUGUUAAUUCCUCAGACUUCUUGUCCUUGAAAUCUGAGAUGCUCAGUGUCAUGUCAAGCAACAGGUUCUCUCCUUCGAACUCAAGCAGUGCAGGAUUCUAUAACAGUACUCUGUCCGUGAAUGAAAAUAUAGAGAAGAUCAAAGGGGACAUAGAGAGGAAGAGAUUAUACGAGUCCAAGAUUAGCAAAGUUGAGAGAAGUGAUUCGUUUUCAACUUCAAGUUUUCCCUCUACUUCAUAUACGGAGGAAAAAAAAAGUUGGUCGAAAAUGAUUAGUCCUGCAGAGAAGAGAUCAAUGUCUGAGAUUACAAUCUGUUCAAGGUUCAAUGAAUUAGAUCUGAAGAGCAAAAUCAAAGAAUCUGUAUCCCCAAGGAGCAGUAGUGAACAGGAAGACAAGAUAAGGAGGCUUUGGUUACCAAUAGCACGAAGAACAGUUCAAUGGUUUGCAGGUAGAGAAAGAAACUUACAAGUGCUAGGAACAUCAAACGUGUGAUAUUUGAUUAAUUAUAGCUAAAAGAAGGUUUAUGAAUUUCAUG